AUGAUCAAGUCAAUUCUCGCACUGGCAACCAUCGCCACCAUGGUAUCCGCCCAAGCUCUGACCCACAUCUCGUUCACACAACCCGUGGGCGACGGCAUCACAUACGUGGCCGGCACCAACCAGACCUUCUCCUGGACCAUGGCCUGUACCGCCCCCUCAACCCUCGUCUCUGCAACCCCCAACGCAACCGAAGUCGAUUUCAUGGACUCGAACAACAUCAGCAACGCCUUCUUUGUCAAGAAGGUCGGUACCAUCGAUUGCACCAAAUCCGUCGGAAAUCUCGUCUGGACCGUCCCUGCCGACACCAAGGCAGGUGUUUAUGCGCUGCAGUUCCUGCUGACCCCCAAUAAUGCGUAUUCCGGCCGGUUUAAUGUUACUACUCCUGGCGAAAGUGGCAGUGGUGAUGGUACGGCUCCUUCGACUGCCACUGGUGAUGGUGCUAAUGCGCCUACGCGUACUGCUGGCAGUGGCGCCGCUAGUUUGGUGGUUAGCAGUGUUGGAGCUGUUGUUGCAGCUGGUGCCGCUCUUGCUAUGCUUCUUUAA